AUGCCCCCCGUCCUUGGUCUAGAGAGCUUCGGCUCCGGCUCCGGCGAGGGCAGAUCUCCCACUCCCUCGCGUCUCCACUACCAGUCCCCCGCCUCCGAAUGGUCUGAGGCUCUACCAAUCGGCAACGGGCGGCUGGGUGCCAUGGUCUAUGGGCGAACUUCCACCGAGCUCUUGCAGUUGAACGAGGACUCGGUGUGGUACGGCGGGCCACAGGACAGGACCCCAAAAGACGCCCUUCGCCACUUGCGGAAACUCCGACAGCUGAUCCGAGAUGAAAAGCACGCCGAGGCCGAGUCUCUUGUGAGAGAGGCCUUCUUCGCGACGCCCGCGAGCAUGCGGCACUAUGAACCGUUAGGUACUUGCACCAUCGAGUUCGGCCAUGCCACUGAGGAUGUGACGGACUACCGCCGAUACCUAUGUCUAGAGACCGCGCAGACAACUGUCGAGUACCAGUGUCGGGGCGCAUCUUACCGUCGAGUCGCCAUCGCCAGCUUCCCGGACAAUGCGUUGGCGUUCAGGAUCACAGCAUCGGAAGCUACUCGAUUUGUCGUUCGGCUGAACCGAGUCAGCGAGAUUGAGUGGGAGACCAACGAGUUCCUGGACAGCAUCGACGCAAAGGAUGGACAGAUUACACUGAGUGCGACGCCAGGCGGACAGAACAGCAAUCGAUUGUCUACUGUUCUCAAGGUUUCCUGCGACGAUGCGGAAGGGUCCGUGGAGAGUGUCGGUAACUGUGUGGUGGUAACCUCUUCAGCGUGUACGAUUGCCAUUGGCGCUCAAACGACCUAUCGAGAUAAUGAACCCGAAGAAGCCGCUAUGCGUGAUGUCCUCGAGGCGUUGAAGAGUCCGUGGACCACACUGGUUGAGCGUCAUCAGAUGGACUACCGGAACCUCUUUGGGAGAACGAUACUUCGGAUGUGGCCCGAUGCCAAUCAUCUCCCGACAGAUGAGCGAAUCAAACAAAACCGAGACCCUGGACUGGUUGCUCUAUACCAUAAUUAUGGUAGGUAUCUGCUCAUCUCGUCAAGCCGAGACUCUGUGAAGGCGCUGCCCGCAACGCUGCAAGGCAUCUGGAACCCUUCUUUCGCUCCACCGUGGGGAUGCAAGUAUACCAUCAACAUCAACCUGCAGAUGAACUAUUGGCCGGCCGGACCGUGUAACUUGACCGAAUGUUCCGUUCCGAUGCUCGAUUUGCUAGAGCGGAUGGCGGAGCGGGGAAAGAAGACGGCAAAGGCCAUGUAUGGCUGUGACGGAUGGUGUGCGCAUCACAACACGGAUAUCUGGGCAGAUACAGAUCCUCAAGACCGAUGGAUGCCCUCUACUAUCUGGCCUCUCGGAGGCGUCUGGGUUUGUAUCGACGUGUUUGAGAUUUUGCAGUAUCAGUACGAUGAGGCCCUUCACAAACGAGCGGCGGCUGUCUUGGAGGGCUGUGUUGUUUUUCUUCUCGACUUCCUAACGCCGUCAGCUUGCGGCAAAUACUUGGUCACGAACCCAUCGCUAUCACCCGAGAAUACGUUCAUCUCUGAUUCGGGCGAUGCUGGUAUCCUUUGCGAAGGUUCCGCCAUCGACAUGACCAUUGUUCGAAUAGCAUUUGAGAAAUAUCUUUGGAGCACUGAUAAACUGCACGUUGAUAGCCAGUUGCGAACCAAGGUGGAGGGGGCCCUCGGCAAGGUGCCCGAGUUGUCUAUCAACGCCGACGGCUUGAUUCAAGAGUGGGGAGUAAAGGACUACAAAGAGCUGGAGCCGGGCCAUCGGCAUGUCUCCCACUUGUUUGGACUGUACCCGGGAGAAAGCAUCAGCCCUUCGAGAUCUCCAGAGCUGGCUGCUGCUGCGAAAAGAGUGUUGGAGCGAAGAGCAGCGAAUGGAGGCGGACACACGGGUUGGAGCAGGGCUUGGUUGCUCAAUCUCCAUGCUCGACUCCUGGAUGCCGAAGGCUGCGGCCAGCACAUGGAUAUGUUGCUCAAGAGCUCGACGUUGGCGAACAUGCUUGAUAAUCACCCGCCGUUCCAGAUUGACGGCAAUUUUGGUGGGUGUACUGGCAUCCUCGAGUGUUUGGUUCAGUCCAGCGUCUUGCAAGAUACCACAGAGACGCAUGUGGUCGAGAUUCGACUACUCCCGUCACGUCCUACAAGCUGGCCCGAUGGUGAGCUUUCACGGGCCCGAACCAAGGGAGGAUGGCUUGUGACGUUGAAAUGGCGGAACGGCAGUAUCACAGAUCCGGUAUUGGUGGAAUACCCUAGUGCUGAAAAUGCUGAGGCUCAAAUUGUUUUCCCCGAUGGUUCUCGGACUAUUGUGCGUGGCGGUGCGCCAUUGUCCAAGCAAUACAUAGAGCUCCAAGCAUAA